AGAUACAGUGUUACUUAGAUGAAUCUUCAACCAAAGACAGGAAGUACUUAAUACUGGGCAAGGGUACAUCGAUCCAAAUUAUCAUUGAUACGAGAGAAAUAAUUUGAAAAAGGAGACAAGCGACUGUCAUCACAUACGAGAGAGAGAUCAGUGAAACAACGACAGAGGGAUUCUAACACCUAAGGGUACAAGAAAUGAAGUUAACUUUUGGAACGAUACUAACCUUACUUUGGGCGUUUUCUUCUGUAGGGGUGAGGGCAGAUGAUGAUUCCAAUAAGGAAAAUCUUCUUAAAUCUGCUUUAAGAAGCUUGUCAGAAAACAGACUUAAUUCAAGGGAGGAAUCUUUAGCUCAGUCUCCAGUAAACAUCAAUGAGGAUUUCCAGGAAAAUGCCGAAAAUUUUGAUCCUGAUCGACUUCAAACACAACACAAUUUGGACGAAAACUGUUCAGAUUCCAUCCACUCCCCUGUGGAAGAAUAUGGUGACGAUUUUAAUGAACCCAAAAACCAAAUUCCGGCUGAAAACAACAUGGAAAAUCAAAGAAUUAAGAAAUAUUCUGAAUUUCUAGGUAAAAGAUUUUCUGAAUUCUUAGGAAAACGCGGAUUUCCAAAGAGGUAUUCAGAAUUUCUUGGCAAACGCUUACGUCAGGGCAAACGUUUUUCGGAGUUCCUCGGGAAGCGAAGUCUUGAUAAAAAAUAUUCUGAAUUUCUUGGAAAAAGAAAUCAUAAAACAAAACGAUAUUCAGAAUUUCUUGGGAAAAGGUAUUCCAAAGGUAAACGCUAUAGCGAUUUCCUAAUGGGAAAACGGUAUAGCGAUUUCUUAAUGGGAAAAAGGCAUAACUUGUUUAACAAAAGGCAAGGGGAGUGGGUGGGAAAAUGAACACAAAAAUUCCUUUGUAUCUUUUCUAGAAUAUAAUAUCUAUGAAACAUAUCAGAAAUAUUGUAAAUUUCUCCUUAACUUAAUUAAGUGUUACACAAAUACAUGUAUAUCUUUGAAUUUGUCUGUAUUAAUAUUGAUAUAGAGUUGCUCAAUAAAAUUAAUUUAUGUUUA